CAAAUUCAAAGUUUUUAAAAGUACCCGGCGAGGGCGGCCGCGCACUCGCUAGCCGCGGCGGCGCAGCCCUGCAGGAUACAAAAUAGCGAUAUUAAACCUUAACCACUCUUUUAAAAUGAAAUGUGGUUUUGAUUGUACGUCUGUUUGCACUGGAUUUGCACCAUUGAAAUCUGCAGAAAAAACAAGAUUGGAAGAAUCCUGCCCCUCCAAUUAUGAGGAAGGCUUUUGUCAAAGCUGGGACGAAGAGCCCCAGCAGAUACUCCUCAGUGACUCACACCAUGUGGCCACCAGAAAUCUAGAUCUUGAAGAUGAAGGAAGACCUGUACACAACAAAGAAAACAAACAAGUAAUCCAGAGGCUUGAUGAAGGCAUCUAUGAAACGGAGGCACUGGAAAACAGUAAAUUUAAUGAGGACAGUGGUUAUUCUUCUAUGUUAAGUAAUCAAUACGCUGAUGCAAUAGAACAUGAGGAUAGCAUACCUCUGGCUGGGAAUCUCUGUGGCACACCAAAGCAUUGUCUCAUGAAGAACCAAAACCAAGCACAGUUUUCAAAGAAGACUUUGUUGCCAGUAAUCCAUUAUGAAGAAAUGAUUUGCUCAACUUUGAAAAAAAGUGGUAAAAGGAAUCUCAAGUCUUGGGCUGCAGUAGACAGAAUUGUUUUUAGGGGAAACGUUGAACUUUGUAACUUAAUCGGAAAGAAAAUGGGAUUAGAUAAAAUAGACUUUCUUGCUGAACUCUUCAAAAAGAACCUGAAGCAUAUAUUAGCAAACAUUUUAAAGCAUCUUGGAGAGAUGGAUUUAAUAAAUUUUGCCAAAGUCAGUACAACAUGGCGGAAGAUUCUGCAAGAAGAUAAAUGGAGUUUAGAAAUUUAUAAUAGAGCCAUGGAAAACCUUUCUAAUGGCACCAAGGCAUCAGAGCAGGCUGCAACAAGGGAGUAUGUUCUCUACCGAACAGCUUUAUCUUCCAUUCAGAAAGCAGCCCCACCAAACAACUUGACUAAAAAGGGCACCAGAUCCAAAGCAUCUAAGAAUCACAGCAGGCUCAUGGAGUUUUCAGAGGCUGCCAAGACCUUGAGAAACACUGAAAGCCUUAAAGUCUGCCAUCGCUGUGGCUCACCUGCAAAGUAUGACUCCUAUCUACAAAGAGCAAUGUGCAAUCGUGAAAGCUGUGGCUUUGACUUUUGCACAAGGUGCCUGUGCAGCUACCACAGCUCCAGUGUCUGUAUGAGCGGCAAAUCGGUGAAACCCAGGUCGAAGCUAGAGCCGCUUCCUGGGACUAAGAAAAGCAAACAGAAUCUACAGAGAUUGUGAUCCAUCCAUCCCAGUACAGAUUGUCAGAUGUCCCAUAAAAGUUAUUUUAGGAUAUGAAGUUAUCCAUAAAGAAAAUCAAACAAGAAAAUGCUUUUUGCUAUUAUAUUUGAAAAAAAAAAAAAGGUUAAUUUUAUUAUUCCUGUCUAAUAUUUGGUCAUGUUGAAAUUCCUAGGAAUAAUCACAAAUACCUAUUUUUUAAAGACUUACUAAUCUAUACAUGUAAAAGAAAAUUCUGGAUAUGAAUUCUAAUAUUUUAUAUAUUGUCCUGACAAUUUGUCUAUUGUGUUCCAGUCUUCGCAACACCCUACAACAAUAUUGAAUGAAACAAAAAAACUUUGGCAAGUAGCAUUCCGUGUGUAACCCUAGCAAUUCUUAAAUGCCAGAAGGGGCAAGUGUAAACUGUGUUUUAUUGAAAUGUUUGCUCUUGUUCAAAAGGCUUUUAAAGACAUCUGUAGCGAGAAUGUCAAGUGAGAUGAGUGAAGUCCCUUUUAGCAUGAAAUUGAG